AUGGCCAGUGAUCUCCCCGCAGAGUCCAAAGCCAGUCUCGAGAAGUCAUUAGAAGAAUUGAGCAUACAGAACAAAAGGCCCGGUCCUGAUAUUUCGCGGCUCAGUCUAUCGGCAACAGACGCUACAACUACUUUCACCAAGGGAAGCAAAGACAAGAACAACACAAAGAAAAAGAAGGCCGCUGUAGCAGAUUCAUGGGAGGAUGACCUUUCUGAUGAUGAAAAAGCUUCCACCACGGAGAUAGAAAAGGAAGACGACACAAAAGCCAAGUUCAAGAGCCCACUGGCAGCUACCAAAUCAGAGGGACCAUUGGCACCUCCUUCAACACCCAGUACAAACCUCGACGGAGAUGAUUAUGGUCUUCCACAAUGGGGUCGAGUUCCUCCUACAACCACAUCUACUUCAACGUCGUCAACUAGAGACAGUGCUCGCGCUAGACCGGAAAAACAGACAGCGGUAGCUAGCAGGAUGAUUGCUGGUGCAUUGGGGAUACGCGCUCCGAAAAGGACGGAAGAGCAACGAGCGUAUGACAGAGCUAUGAAAGAAAAGGAGAUUAAACGUCGGAAUAAAGAGAAGGAAGAGGAGGCGAAAGCUAGACAGGAAGAGGAACGCGCAAAAGCAGCUGUAUGGGACGCAUGACGCGCGGAGAGUCACAUUUCCCGUUGCUUCUACUUGUAUCAUAAAAGACCGUCGUCUGCCUAUGGAGUUUCAAUAGCGAAUAAUACAAGUCUUCGAUUGAAUGUGA